UUCCAUGAGGGAGGGGGGAAGAGGCAAAUUACAGUCCCCGGUCUAUCUUGGACAAGCCCCAGACCUUGGGAAGCCACCGGAGACCCUGGUCGCCUCGGGCAGGCUCGGAGCUCCUCCGCUGCCGCCCCCCCCAAAAAACCCCAAUCCUGAGAGCUUCACGAGUUGCUGAGAAGUUGAUGCGGCAGCCCCGGCGCUUUCUGCCGACCGCCCGGCCUCCCCGUCCCCGUCCAGCGCCACCCCGGGGGUAGGCUGCCUGCGCCGGCCCCAGGAACACCUGCUAACCGGGAGGAGCCCCGGAGCCCACGUGGAUCGGUGGCCCUCCGGCUGCGUCGUCGGCGGGAGCCCCGCUGGUCCUGCCAACUUUGCAUUCUUCGCCCGGGCCGCCCUCCCUCCUUGCUGACCCUGGGCCCCCUCCCCAGGCAAGCAGGAGACUGCGCAGGAAGGGCACGCCGACUUUUGCAGCAUCAGGAAAGAAGGAGCGGGACAGGGGGAGAAGAUCACUUUUCCCCGCGAGCUCCGACGCCCCCUUGCCGCUUUCCUCCCCAGCCGCCGGGGCUGCAAGCUUCGCGGCUUGUCCGGUGCCCACGAGGGCAUCCUGGGCUGGGCGCCUUCUGCUGCCAAAGGACCCGCCUCAGUCUCACGCCAGAAAAUGAGGAUUUCCGUGGCCGUUUGCCUAAUGCUGGGGCUUCAAGCUCUUGCAAAGCAAGAAAGUCUUAUGAAACCUGAACUGAACAUCAAUCGUGACUAUGUUAUAGUUGAAGCUGGAGAUUCGUUCAGCAUCACUUGCAGGGGCUCCCUUGGCUUGAGGUGGGUAGCUGAAAAUGACCAGAACACCCACAGCAAGCGCUGGUAUAUUCAUGAGCAGAACUAUUUGGACAAGCCAUGGCAUUCCUCCAGCACUCUUGGAGUCAACCGGGCUGUCACCAACGACACAGGCUACUUCACCUGCUCUUACGUCCACCUCCCCUUCGCUGAGGAACUGAAAGCCAAGUUAUAUGUCUUCGUUAAAGAUCAGUCCCAGCCUUUUGUGCAGCCCCACCCAACACAUCCAGAUGUCAUCUAUGUGCACAAUAGUACAGAUGUGAUCAUUGUGCCAUGCCGUGUCACCUCGCCAGAGAUCAAGCCGCAGCUGCUGGUGCAUCCUUCCUCCAGCUCUUUCACCUAUGAGAAGAAGGAAUGGGACCCAAAGAAAGGAUUCCUUCUCAUUUCACCCUCCUCUGAGUUCUUUAGUGGCAUGCUCAAGUGUGUGGCUACAAUCAACAGGGAGCAAUAUGUAACUUACUACAUUCCAGUGAAAGUGGAGAAGAGGAUUUGGAACCUGACUGUGAGAUCAAGUCCCAAAAAACUCCUGGUUGGAGAAACCCUUAACUUGCUAUGCAAAGCAGAGACAUCCUGGAAUGGACGGAUAACAUUUAUAUGGAAACUUCCAGGAAAGAGAGAACCGAAGCCGAUAAAGAAUUUUUUCAGGGACAACGAUGUGUUCAAAGUCUCUAGUAAUGUGACUAUCAGGAAUGUUACAAUGGAGGAUAAAGGGCUUUAUAUAUGCCAAGCAGCCAGUACAUCUGAAGGAGCUGUGGAAGUCAACACUACAGUCACAGUAUUCAAACAACCUUUCAUGAACUUUGUCAAAAGGAAACAACAACUAUAUUAUGAGGCCAAUGAAGGGCAAAAAGUACUGAAGCUGGUUUGGAAAGCUGAUGCUUUCCCUCCUCCUGAUGUGACUUGGUACAAAGAUGGCAGUCUGAUCAAAGCCAGUGACUAUUGUGAAUUAGACCCUGUGAGGUACAGGAUAAUCAUCAGGGAUGUGAGACCAAAGCAUGCUGGGAACUUUACCCUGUAUUUGAGCAACCCGAAGCAUGGUCUCUAUAAAAAUCUCACCAUCCAACUUGUUGUCCUUGAGAGACCCCGCAUUUAUGAAAAGGAGACUGAUUUUUCCAAUACCGAGCUGGUCACUAAAGGAAGAGAGCACAGCCUUCAGUGCACCGCAAGUGGAUGGCCUCUUCCCUCCAUACACUGGGAAUGGGAGCCAUGUAACCACACAGAUAACCAAUGCAACCAACGUGGGGAAAAAAUCAAGGUGCAGAAAAACAUCAACCAUGAAACUCCAUAUUUAGCCAACAGGAUCAAGGACAUCAAAAAUAUGCAGUUUACACAUGGCAAUAUGUUAAAGGUCUUAAGCACUCUGACCACAACAGCAAGCAACAUUUCAGGCAUCUAUUACUGUGUGGCUUCCAACAAGGUGGGAAAAGAGGAGAGGAGCAUCAGAUUCUAUAUCACAGACAUGCAGUCCAGUCUAGAGGUAGAUUCACAAAAGACGGCAAUUGUGACCAGCCAUGUGCAGAUGACCUGCAAGUGCUCCAAGUACCUUUAUGAUCACCUCACCUGGUAUGACCCCACCAUGCAGGAAGUCCCAAAAGUUCUCACCCAGAAAAAGGUGGACAACUAUUCCAUCUCCUUGGUGGUGGACAUCCAUAAUGUCUCCCAGGCUCAUGCAGGGCUUUACAGGUGCCGAGCUUCGAGCUACCAGAACAACACCAAGCAGCUGGAGAAAAGCACUUUGCUCAGCAUUAAAUUUAAGACGGUGCCUUACAUUAUGGAGAACUUCACCGACUUGGAGGUCAAUGUGAGCGGGACCAUCGUUCUGGAGUGCAAAGUCAACGGGACCCCCGAACCUGCUAUUGCCUGGCUGAAAAAUGGGCACCGCAUUGCCCCUGCCUCAGGAAUUUCCAUGGAAAACAAUACUUUGGUGAUUGAACGAGUGAAAAAGGAUGAUGAGGGUCAAUAUGAAUGCCAAGCUAUCAACGAGAUGGGUCAAGACAGUACCCGGGCAUUUAUUAAGAUAGAAGGCUCUGAAGAAAAGUCCAACAUAGAAGUUAUCAUCCUGGUUUGCACUGGUUUAGCUGCCACUCUCUUUUGGCUCCUUCUGACCCUCUUCAUACGGAAACUCAGAAAACCGGAUGCCACAGAUAUUAAAACUGGAUAUUUGUCCAUCAUAAUGGAUCCUGAGGAGAUGCCUCUUGAUGAGCAGUGUGAACGUCUUCCUUACGAUAGCAACAAAUGGGAAUUCCCGAGGGACAGAUUGCGGCUGGGUAAAACGCUGGGUCAUGGUGCUUUUGGGAAAGUGGUGGAAGCAUCUGCUUUUGGCAUAGAUAAAUCUUCAACCUGCAAAACAGUGGCUGUUAAAAUGCUUAAAGAGUGUGCAAUGACCAAUGAAUGCAAGGCUCUGAUGUCAGAACUGAAGAUCCUGAUCCAUAUUGGACACCAUCUAAAUGUGGUUAACCUACUGGGGGCUUGUACCAAGCCUGGAGGUCCUUUGAUGGUCAUUGUAGAAUAUUGCAAGUAUGGAAAUCUGUCUAAUUACCUGCGAGGAAAACGAGGUGAUUUCAUUGUAUGCAAGCCACCGGAAAAUUCAGAUUGCUCGGAGAAAGGGUUGAGGGCGUCUAUCAGUGACUUAACAGAGCUGAUUAAGAGGCGUCUUGAAAGUGUGGCCAGCACCGGAAGUUCUGCCAGCUCUGGGUUCAUCGAAGACAAGAGCUACACAGAUUCGGAGGAAGAAGAGGAAGAUGCUGAGGAUCUUUAUAAGCGACCUCUGACUUUGGAGGACCUGAUUUGCUACAGCUUCCAGGUAGCUAAAGGCAUGGAGUUCCUGGCCUCAAGAAAAUGCAUACAUAGAGAUUUGGCAGCCAGGAACAUUCUUCUUUCUCAAAACAACGUGGUGAAGAUUUGCGAUUUUGGAUUGGCCAGAGAUAUAUACAAAGAUCCUGAUUAUGUGCGGAAAGGCGAUGCCAGGCUUCCCCUAAAAUGGAUGGCUCCAGAAGCAAUUUUUGACAAAAUUUACACAACUCAGAGUGAUGUCUGGUCUUUCGGCGUGCUGCUGUGGGAAAUAUUUUCCCUAGGGGCUUCUCCGUACCCAGGGGUCCAGAUUGAUGAGGACUUUUGCCGACGUCUCAAAGAAGGAACACGGAUGAGGUCUCCAGAAUAUUCCACUCCAGAAAUCUACCAGACCAUGUUGGAUUGCUGGCACAGUGUCCCAACAGAGAGACCCACUUUUACCAACCUGGUGGAGCGUUUAGGGGAUCUGCUCCAGGCAAAUGUGCAGCAGGAUGGGAAAGACUAUAUCCCACUAAACAUCACCCUGUGUCCUGAUGGAGAGUCCAACCCCAAGAUCUGCAUCUUGGAGGAGAACGUGAGCAACUUCAUCCAUCGCUGGAGUGCCGUGGAAGCAAGCAUUAACUCCAAGAACCGGCCACUCAGUGUAAAGACGUUUGAUGAGGUGCCUGUAGAGAAAGAGAAGAUGAUACAUGAGGAAUGUGAGUCAGACAGUGGGAUGGUGUUGACCCUGGAUGAAGUCAAGAGUCGGAAGAGGCUGGAGAUCCGCUCCUGGCCAUAUGGAAUCAUGGCUCUUGCGAGAAAAGCAAUCAACAAAAGUAAAGAAUCCGUGUUCAACGAGAACGAGCGUGAAUCUGUGAAGUACCGCCCAACUGUUCCAAUGGAUGAUGACCUAAUGGAAGACUCCAUUCUCCUGCCAAUGGAUGCCAGCCUGGAAUGCCAUAGCCCACCUCCUGAUUAUAACUCUGUGAUCCAGUACUCAGCUCCUCCAGUGUAGCCAGCCAGCCCUGGAGUGACCACCAUGUUUUGCAUCUCUGACCAUGCAGUAUUCUAAGCCAGCUUCCUGGUUUUCUUCUUGCUUAACAGAACUCCUGUCCCAAGCAGAGAAGCCAGACCAUGGCUGAUUUGCCCUUAGAGUCAAACGCACAUCGACCCCACUGUGCACAGUGCAUGUGGGAAUUCUCUCAGGAGCAGUUCUGAAGGCUGACUCUCAACCUCUCUGGCUUUUAUUUCCUAACCUUCCCCACAGGGUUUUGUUUUUUUUUCAUGCCACGGUUGUUCAGACCAUCUUUUAUUCAUUGCGGUUUGCUCUCUUAAAGCUCUGGGCUGCCUACCAUUUUUUCCCUUUUUUCUCACUUAUAAGCAGUUGCUAUGAAAAUGUAGCUCUAAAUACCAAGGCUUGUUGUCCAAGGAUAAUGAUCCUCAAUAUUUUAGGUAUAUAGCUUACAACUUAGCCUGGGCUCUGAAAAUCAGAUUUAUCGCUGAACCCAAAGGAAUCUGCCAGAACACACGUGCAGAGAGACACACAGAGACACACCCUCAAAUUGCAAUUGAUACGUAGCCACAACCAACUUGCAAAAGGAGGCUGAGAAGGAUUCUGUGUGGAUAAUUUUGCUCAUUUGGCAACAGUGUAAAGGCACUAGCUAGGUGCAAUAAUAGUGAAAAUAUAUAUAUAGUAUGGAGAAGGAAAGGCCUCAGGUGUUCUUAGUGAGCAAGGAAAGUCAGACCCCAUGAAACUGUGAACAGAUAAGCUUUUUAAAGGAGGUGUAAGAACUGCUUGUUCUUUAGACCCUAAAGCUGCUAUGAUAAAGCUGGGAAUCAUUUCUGCUUAAUGCACAGCAAGGGGAAUCCUAAAGUCCAGUGAGCAUCAGUUAAGCAUGGAGAAAGAUGCCUGUUUCCCAAUCUCCGUUAUAAUAAGCAAUGUAGUUAGAGUAAAAGCAGGCUUACUCUGAAAGCACUUAAUUUGCCAAUAAUUUAGUCAUAGGAUCAGUGGAAAAGGAAGUAUAACCCACAUCUGCUGCAGGGUUCCAAGCUGACCUGGGUGCAAAUUAAUUUGGAUCCUGUGCAGGGAUGUCAGGGGGGGUGUUCAAAAAAGCCAGGACAGUGAGGCUUUGAUCAUGGAGUCAUGGCCAUCUUCUUGACAUUUUUGACCACACACACGUACCCAUGCCCUUGAUUCUGUGCCUUAUUCUCUAACGCAGGAAUGUAAGUAUGGGAAAACUUUGCUCAUAUAUGCUACGUCCUUAGGACAAAAAAAAAAUGUAGAUGGAGUGUGCCUUAAAAACUUUGAUUGUAGAAAGCUAUAUCCAUAUAACCCAACAGAAGGGGAAAUACUGCUACCACCCAAAUUUGUCAAGUGCCUUGUUUUUUAUACAUAGCUAAACAAUUCAGAGGGUCUACAGGAAAAGAAACAGAGGAAUGGUUGUCUAUUUUUGACUUGGUCUCUCUAGAAAUAAACUACGUUAGUGGUUGGACUCCAGCGUUAGUAACUGAUAGAUGGCAGCUAGAAGAUUAGCUCCAUGCUUUGAAAAGAUCAGAUCUCUUGAAGAAGAGAUUUCAGAAGAUCAGAUCUCUUAAAGAAACAGGAGGACCCCAAAUGGUUGUGCAGCUGCUGAUACGUUUUUCUGGUCUGGAAAAAGAAAGCCAUUUGUGGUCAUCUCCAUAUUCCUGGGAAGAUCAUUGGCAUCCCAGCCACACACAGGUGACUUGUGAUCUAUUAGCCGGAUUCACAAAUGACAUGUAGGCAAAACCAAAGCACAUUAUGGUUUAGGAAAUUGCAUAAACCCUGCCACUAGAGCAUCAUCUCCUCCAGGGGUCUGUUCCUUGUAUCAGCUUGAGAGCCAAAUCAGGUUUCAACCAUCAUGUCAAGGAUCACAUUUCCGAAGUGGAUAGGACCAGAGUCAGGUCUCCUAGGGAUGGGGUCCUAAGCAUCUUGAGGAGUAAGGAGGGUUUCUUAACCCCUCCUGAUGCAAAAUGGAUGCCAAUGGGCUGUUGAAGAGCCUGGGCUGCACUUUUGCAUCCCUAUUCUUGUCUGGCGUGAUUUCUCAGUGAAGAUAAAUGACACUUCUAGCCAUCACAAACAUGAACCCAAGGGAUAGUUGAAUCUUUCUUCAACACCGGCAACAAGACACUGUCCUCCACAAUGUAUGAAUGCAACAUGCUGCAUUUCCUCCCUUCCCAACAUGCCCCUUUGCUCAUUGCACUCCAUAAUCCAUACCAAAUAUGUCCUUGGGCUGUAACAAAAUCUCUUUGUUGGCAGGUGGCGUUUGAUGACUUCCAAGCACUGAAUCUAAAGCUCAGAGAUAACUCAAUAGGCUUUUUCUAUUGAGUGAACUGGACUUUGGGGGGGAAAAAUGACGCCCUGUGCCUCCUCCGAGGGCCAAAGGCCCAUUCAGAGACUCACUGCCAAGCAUCUCUGCAAGGAUGUGGUUUUUCUUUCAGUAGCAUGGAUAAGUCUAAUUUUGUUUUGUUUUUAAUCAUCAGAAUUGGACCUGUAUUCCUCUUAUUUUAUUUACUAAUUUUCUUUUUUAUCCUCCCCUUUCUUCCUCCCCUUCUUCCCCCCCCCUUAAUUUAAUUACAGUGUUUUUCUAAUAAUGUUGAAAUAUCUCUAGAUAUAAUAAAAUCCAGCCAAAAUCAAGCCCUUUGGACUGCAAUCCUCUGCAAAUUUUAAAGGAAGCCAAUUCCUUUGAGCUCAUUGGAGCUUACUUCCGAGUAAGCACUGGGCAAGUCCUUUGGUUUCCACUGGAACAGAUGAAUAUUUCUGCAACCCCUUCCCACAAAAGAUUGCUAAACUCAAUUUUGGCUGGAUUUUAACAUAUGUUCAUAGGGUUUAUUCAGUAGAAGCGAUUUAGUAUAAAUAUGCAUUUAUUUAACUAUGUUUAUCCCUUUUUUAACUAAAAAAGAGCAGGAAAUUCUGAUCCCAGGGUCUCUUUUACUGAACCUGUCACCUCUGCUUGAAGGACGGGCUCCAGUUCACAAGUAUCACCCAGAUGGGUGUUAUAUGAAAAGGACUUCUGCCACCCCCACCCUCCUCCCUAUCCCUAAGCCUUUGGACGUUUUAAUUUUUGUGGUCGAAAUUCGGUCUGUCUGAAUGCUACUGCACUUUCUGAAAACAGUGAAAAGAGCCACAUGAAUAUUGGGUUGGGAAUCAGAUUGAAGGACAAAAGAUGCAUCUGUGGUUAUAUUUUACUGGAGAAUGGUCACUGCUGGUCUAAAAGAACCAGGUGCCCAGAGAGGUAUAUUUUGAUGUUAUUAAAUGCAACUCAGGGAUUUCUUUAUGACUUCAGAAGGCACUCAGCUGCUGGCCUUUAGAAACUUGUUUAAAUAUAUUCAGAAUGGAUCAAGCAGCCCUAUAUUUGUUUCAAAGCACUCUUACUCCCCACCACACACACUACCUUGCAUAAUUAAUUAAUCCUGCAUUAUUAUUCAAGGAAACUCCGUUCUAUCCAUAUUCUUUUGUUUCCUUACAUACCAGCUUUCCCCAGGCUGGCGCCCUUCAAAUAUGGUUGAACUACAAGUCCCAGAAUUGUCCAUACUGGCAGGGGUGCCCGCAAGGGGUGGGUAUAAAGAUGGCAGCCAUGCCUGUGUAGCUGAAACCCUGCCCCUUUUUUACACCCAUCAGACACACAUUGCACGUCAGAAAGAGGUAGGGCCAGUGGUAUGCUGGUAAAUGUUUAACAAACAGCUAUUGCUGCUGCAGUGCCAGUAACCACUGAACCGCUGGUUGGUGCACUAGGCAUCAGGGCUCAACUCUGCUCCCAACCAGCUCGCAAAAUUGCAAAAAAAUUAGCAAUCGGCUCUCGCAAGCCGGUACAAGUCAGCUUGUAUGCACAGUUAUAGCCAUUAUAUUUACCUUUCUGGCCUCCCCUCCCCACCCCACCCCAGAUGCCCCUGAAAGCCAGUUGGGCAUUUUGGGAACUGCAGCAAUCAGGAUCACCAGCCAAAGCCCGUAAGUUCAAGGCUUCCAGAAAAAAAAAAUGAACUAGGCAAGAACCCCAUUCUGCUUUCAAUUCUAUGGAGCAUCUGCUGAAACCAGUCCCUGUCUUUCUGAAGAAUGUAUGCACUGAAAAGAACCUGCUCUCUUCAUGUAGUCAAAAAUGUAUUGUAAUUAUUAACCAAAUAUAAAUUAAAAGGACUCUAUAUUUA